CAGGAACUUGGUCGACACCACUCCCACGGCUUUCAAGUUAAAUACCUUCCACAGUAAUCAAAUGGUAGGGAGGUAGAGCCUAAUCCUCCACGCAAUGGCUAAUAUGUUCUCACUUCGCCAUGCAUGGGUUCUGAUAGCCUUCUAUGUAUCACUAUGCUUCUGCAAUCAAUGUGCAUAUGUCAAGGAGCAACAAGCGAGGCGCCUGUUUGUCCUAAGCGACAUUGCCAAUGAGCCAGAUGAUGCGCAGUCGUUCGUUCGCCUGAUGGUUUACAACCAUGAGUUCGACAUCCAAGGAUUGGUUGCAACAACUAGCUACUGGCUCAACGAUACCACUCGUCCGGAUCAGAUGCUCGACAUCAUCGACGCAUAUGCCCAAGUACUUCCGAACCUCGAGAAGCAUGCAGAUGGCUGGCAUAGCCCUGAUCGGCUUCGAUCCUUGGUCAAGUCUGGACCUGCACUGUACGGCAUGGACGGUGUAGGCAAAGGUCAUGACAGCGAGGGCUCCGAAUUGCUCGUGAAGGCUGUGGAUGCUUCGUCCGAACCGCUAUACAUACCGAUAUGGGGCGGCGCGAAUGUCCUUGCUCAAGCUCUAUGGCACGUCAACGCUACGCGUUCUUCCGAUGAACUCAAAGAAUUUGUUGCAAAGAUACGAGCAUAUGCUAUAUCCGAUCAGGACAAUUCUGGACCAUGGAUCAGACGACACUUCCCCUCUUUGUUCUACAUCGCCAGCGUGCAUCAUUUCAACAAGUAUGCUGUUGCUGCGUGGGGAGGAAUAUCGGGAGACAACUACAUCCACUUCCCAAGCGCUAUUAGUGACGAGACCAUAUCUGCGGUGUGGAACAAGAAGAAUAUACAGAGUCAAGGGCCAUUGGGUGCGAAGUAUCCAGACACCGAGUUUUUGGUGGAGGGUGACACGCCCUCAUUGUUGUACAUGAUUCCCAAUGGCCUGUCAGAUCCUGAGCAUCCUGAAUGGGGCAGCUGGGGGGGACGGUAUGGCCCUGUGAAUUGGAAAGAGGGCCAUUAUGCAGACAGCGUAGAUUCUAUCAUCAAGCCGUCCUCUGAAGCAAACGGCAAGCCGACAAUCUAUAUGGGCUCGCAGGUAACGGUGUGGCGCUGGCGCGAAGCAUUCCAGGCCGACUUUGCGGCCAGAAUGCAGUGGUCACAGAGCUCAGACUUUUCGUCUGCAAAACACGCCCCAGUCGCUGUAGUAAAUGGAGAUUAUACUAGGGACAUUAUCCGUAUCGAAGCUAAGAGUGGGGAGCUUGUGGAGCUGGACGCAUCUUCGUCUUGCGAUCCAGACGAGGGUAAUCUAACAUACAAAUGGUGGCAGUACUUUGAGCCGUCAUCGAACAAUAACUCGCCCAAACGAGACGUGGCUAUUCUAACUAUCUCAGAAGAGACAGAAGGGAUUGUGAGCGGUGGGGUGAGGCCGGUUUCUGAAGCUUCGAAAGUUACAGUGAAGAUCCCGGAGGAGGCUAUCCUCCGUAAACCGGGCCGGGGUGCGCAUCCCGAAGCUGACAAACAUUUGCAUGUUAUCCUUGAGGUUUCAGAUGGGGGGUUGGUCGGUUACCGGAGGAUAGUUUUGAGUAUUCGUUCGUCCAAGAGCGAAGUUGGUCACGACGAACUGUAAUGGCAAGCAUAAGCUGAAUUGAUCAUGAAAACGGUGCACAUGGUCAUGAGCUAUGAGAAGAGGACCUGAAAUAUAUUAUGUCAGUUACUUUUUUGCUCUCACUCUUCCUAUAGCCCUCUUGAAGUAGAAAAUUCAGUGUAGAAAACAAGAAUAUUACACAUGGUAUAGUUUGAUCUAUCCCACCUGGAUAUCUUAG